UCAGCUUUUGGGUUUUGAGAGGUGCUUUUCUGACAACGUGUUUCCAGAACAGUGAGAGUUCUUUCCCUUUCAGCUACACUCCCGGAGGCACAGCCUGUGUCCUGCUCCCCCACUGGCUCCCUAAGCCAUCCCCCGCCCCCGCGGCGAGCCCUGUGACGUCACCGGGAGGCGCCGGGGAGCGGGCGACUGUGAGUACACGAUGACGACAGCUCCUUACAAUGCUCGCCUUCCCAGCUUGCAGGUGUCCCUUCAGGUCUUGUGGUCUUAGCUGUAAGAGGGGAAGGGCGUGGGGCGUUUCUGAUCCCACAGUAUGGAGGAAGGAAGAGGCGACAGCUUCGACGGUGUGAGCACCGACCGCCUUAAAAUGAAGUUAAUGGAAGAAAUCCAUUUGAAGGAUAUAGUACAACUAUCAAUGCUUGAAUUAAGAUGCAAGAUAGCGGAACUGGAAGCCAAACUCAAUACUGAUGAUGAAGGUGGUGAAUGGAAAGUUCGUUAUGAGACACAACUUGAACUGAAUGAUCAACUAGAAAAGCAAAUUGUUUCUCUAGAAGAGAAAAUGGAAAAAAUCCGUGGAAAUCCUUUAGAUAGAUUGUCUUCCAUCUUUGUCUAUGAACAAAUGCCAGUGGAAUACUUAAAUACAUUGCUUAAACAGCUAGAAAAAGAGAAAAGGAGCCUUGAAAAUCAAGUGAAAAACUGUGCACUGAGACGGGAACAAGAAUCAAAGGCUUACCACAAGACCACCAAUGAGUGCCGUAGAUACCUAGCUGAAAUGUCUCGGGUCUCUGACUCAUACCAAGUUUCUAAAAGGCAACAGAUGGAUCAACUGCCUAGAAUGAAAGAGAAUCUAGUGAAAAUGGGAAGAUAUAAUCCAGUUAAUCAGAAGACAAUGAAUGCCAAGAGAGGACCAGUAAAAAAGAUUACGAGAUCAAACCAUCUUCCAAAACUCAAUCCGUAAUUCUAGAACUGGGUGGAUUUCUAUUUCUUCCCUUUUUUCAUCUGUAAUAUUCAACUUGUGAAGUUAAUGUUUAACACAUUUUUCAGGGAAUGAAAUAGACAAGAAAGAGCUAUCGAACUUCUCUUAGCUCCUCCUCCAGAAGUUUGUUCCUUUGUUUGUAUGAAAGUAAUUGUCUCAAGUGAUCCUAAAAUACCUAAUAGCAUUGCUUAUGAUUUUAAAAUAUCCUAGAAAGCCUGAAGGUUGGCAUUAUUACACUUAUUUUUAAUAAUUUAUUCAUAAUCUGUGCUGAUAAUAACAUGGCUAUUUUAUUUGGUUUCUAGUUGACUGUCAGCUAAAAAUGUGAAUUCAUCAAGACAUUUUGCUAUUAUAGGCCAUAUCGUGUUCAGGUCUUUUAAACUUAUGGUUUAAACAAAGCUACAAAUAAGAUGGAUUUUCAACUUUGAUUUGAACUACCAUGGUGUUAUGGAAAUAGCCUUCAAUCUGUAAUCAGCUUCGUUAUAAUUCCUACCCUGCCAUGGAUUUAGGAGAUCUUGGGCAGGUUCCUUUUCCCACAUCUGUAAAAUGAUGGAGGCAAAUGAUAUAACUUCUAAGGUUUGUACUUUGCUAGAAAACCAGUAUUUAUUCAACUACAAGGUCCUACUACUUAGCACAUAGUGAUUUAAAUCAUUUUAUGAUGUUUCUUAAUUCAUAGUGAUGUUCUAAUUCUUUAGACUAAACAUUGCAAGCAUUCACAUAAGUCUCUAUGUGGAGAUAGAGGGAGGAGAGGAGAAAGGUUUGUUUAAGACAUUUAUGCAAUUUAUUGAAUUUUUCUCUUUAUCUUUAGGUGGUUUUGUAACUAUUACCUUGGUUUGGAACAUACCUAUGAUUUAUUUGCCCAACUUAAUAAGUAAAAUUAUUGGACUUUAUAUUUCUGGAAAUAACUCACAGCUAACUUAGUUUUCAGCUAAUGGUGUUCUCACCUUAUAUCUGGAACUAAAACCUAACUUCUAUUCAGUAUCAACAGUAAUGAAUACUGAAUGCAUUUCUAUAAUAACUUUUUAUAGAUAUUCACUUUCUUUCUUUGAGGAAGAAUUCAUAAAUUUCAU